AUGCCACAGCAGUCAUCUCCCGAGACAAUGCUCGGUGCCGCGUCUCCGGUAGACGGAGGCAUGCCCCCUACUGCACCUCAGGGUCCAAAGCCUCGUCCUCGCCGGAAGGUUGCUGAAGCAGAGGCAAACGUCAGCAUCGCAGCAACCGCACUCGUAGCCAGAUCCACAUUACGCCAGCCUGUCGAGACGUCCAAGGCAGGCAGCGCAGAUGUUGAGAACCUGUCCUACACCACCAAGGCUCCCAACGUCGUUGGCAGGGCAAAGAGUAGUCGCAAGCGAGUACACUCUGACUCCGAGUCCCUCAUCAGGGCCGGCGCCGACGUAAAUGAGGAUGUGCCCCUGACGUCCAUCAAAGCUCCGCCAGCAAAGAAGACAAAGAAGCUAGCAACAGUCAGUGCCAAGCGCGACAACGCAGCGACCACAAACGCACCGGGUCGGAGGACUAGUACGCGCGGUCAAGAAGCUCAUGCCUUGCAACUCACGGGCAUGGCAAACAUCGGCGGAACGACAAUUAUUACAGAUCCUGUGGGCAGUAUGAGUGUGGAAGAUGUGGCAGACGAUGAUGAGGCUGAACAAUCUGACCGUGAUGAUGAGCCCUCGGCCCUCACGCAAGAGCAGGAGCUGGGCCAAGACGACGAAGCUCAGUCCGACUCUGGAGAGGAGUCGGAGUGCGACGACGCGCACAAGCUUGCAGCCCGUCUGGUCGCUGAAAUACCUGUGUGGUAUGAGAUGUCGAAGUCGAAGAAACAGCCGAGCGAAACACUCACCGCUGGUGGCAACGAGUCCCACGAAAAUACGCGACUCGUGCCGGCAAGGUCAAGUACACGUCGCGUGUCGCCCAAGUAUUUCGUUGAAACCAGCGACUCGGGCUCUGAGUUCAAUCCGGAGGCCGACGGGACUGAGCUUCCGAGCGAGGAGUAUACGGUGGGGAUGGGGGAGGAGGAAGUCGACGUGGCAGACCUUGUACUGCCCAUUGUGGGCGCCCCUGGGAAGCCGAAGAACAAGCAAGCUACCGGCAAGAAGACAGCCAAGCAGCAGCUCGAGGAGCCUGUAUGGAAAGAUGCCCCGUCCCAAGCCGCCGUGAUGGCAUACAAUGUCUACCUUCAGACGCUGGCCAGCCUCGGCAUCCCAGCAAGUGAAGCACCACCACCCCCCUCAUCUCUUCCUGUGUCCGCCAAGACCCAACCCGCGCCGUCCAAAGCCAGUACCUCCCGUCGCCAUCAACGUCCUGCUGUCACCAGCGAAGCGACGCCUUCCCUCGCUCAAGAGAGCCCUGUCGCGGCUCCAUUGAUGGACCCUCGGAUGGGACUGGAGGCUGACGAGUACAAGAUAGUCGCCCCCACACCUGGUGCGGCCCUAGCGCUUCAACGUCAGCACGACGACAUCCGGGAGACCAUCCGACACUCGCGCGGAGAAAUCGAGGCGUUCAUCGUGUUCAUCCAUGCCUUCCCCGACACCAUGGGCCGCACCCGCUUCGUCUCCGACGCCCUGAUCAACUCUGCUGGCGAGCUCGGAUUUCCCGGUCUUCGGCAGCGCCUGCAAAAGGAUCAAGAGUUCACGCACGCGCUUUCAGCCAUUCCGCGCCAGCGCAUCAGCACCUUCCGUGGCCAAAUGAAGAAGUGUGCCGAAACACACGUUGUCCCACAGUUUGGCCUGGUUCAGGGAGAGUGCGAGGCUAAGGUGGAGUUCCUUUUUGACCACAUGGCAUAUGUAUACCCUUGUAUCUAUGAUACCAAGAAGCAGUCGGUUACUUGGGUGCAGCCUUACGGCGGCUCCAUCGUGACCGCAUUGGCCCGUCACAUUGCUUGGACAGGACCCAGUGCGAUCGCCAUACGCAAUCCUUUGCAGUUCACGUCUUCCAUCCACGAAAGCCCGCAGGUCAACGAGAAGGAGAUCCCGAUGCCGAUGCUCGCUCUAAUUGGUGCUGCGAUCCAUGCUGCUCUGACCGAGUGGAAGUCUGGGACGCACAAGCCCAGCUCCUUCUCGGCAGAUGCCUAUGCAGACGCCUAUAACGAGCACCUCACACUCCUGCGGGGCAUCAAAGACAAGAACCUGCGUGGGUACCACAAGAUGACGCACCGGAUCUUCCUCGCUGCCAGCGGCACCGCCCCAGCCAUACCUGCAGCUCCGACGAACGCGGCCACCGAUGCUCUCGCUCACGUAGACUUCGACAACAUGGACAUCGACUAA